UCCACAUACUAGUGUGAGCAGAUGUUGUUCUAACGUGAGACAUGGCAACUUUAAAACAAAACGCAAAAACUAAAGGUCCCGAUAGAGGAAAGCAUCUAAAUAACAAAUUUGCGCAUGGUGGUUUAUCACAUAACGCCAAAAAGAAACGAAAAUGGGUAGUUUUUGAUGGUAGUUUAAAAGAGGGUCAGGGGUUUGCUUUAAAAAGGAAGGAGAAAAUAAAACAUGAAUACAACAAACUUCUUCGAAAGGAGAGGAAGAAAAUGCAAGGAUCUAAAAUCCAGCUGGAGGAGGAAUAUCCUGAGCAUCUGAGACAUCUGUACCUGGCUGAAAGAGAACGAAUAGAUAAAGAAGAACAGAAAAAGCAGAAAAGAUAUAAAGGUAGAGCAGAAGAUAAAGAGACAGAGGAAGAUGAAGAAGUAAAAACAGAGUUGGAGUCUCCUUUCACUGAGAAACACAUCUCAGACACAACGACUGACCAAACUGCCACCUCUGAUUCAGCUAAUGAACCAACAGAGUCUGAAAGCUCCCACAAGACUCCAUUCAUCCAAAAGAAACAGAAGCAGAAAAUGUCAUCGUAUCAGAAGACAAAGCUAGAAUAUGAAAGGAUAAAAGAGGAACGUGCACGCAAAAGAGAGGAGUUCUUGAAAGACAAAGCUCAGCGAGAGGAAGCUCUGAAGAAAUAUAAAGAAAAGAAAAUCGCAACAUAUCAGCUGUUGAAAAGAAAAACCAAGAAGGGUCAGCCCAACCUCAAUCUGCAUAUGGAGCUAUUGCUGCAAAAGAUUCAAGCUCAGCGUAAAUAAUUCAGUAUUAUCCAUAAAAUCAGACUGUAAAGUUAAAAUGGACCAUCACACAAUAAACUGUGCAUUUUGGGUGAGUGUUUUUGACCUCUAGGAUGUGUAUACCUUUGCAUACCUUUGUCUUUCCCAGUAAUAUUUCUUGUAAAUAAAAUAUUAAAUUAUGCUCCACUUAAGUUAAUUCAGGCUGACAGUACAGAACUAAUGUUAUGACAGUAAGCUUGUGGAAAAACAUGAAGCUUUAUAAUAUCUAUUAAGUGGUAAAUCUAUUUUUAUCAUUGUAUUUAGGUCGAUAAUGCCGUCAGCCGCUGAAGUGCCUAAAAGUGCUUCCUUAAACAUUUUUAGUUUUUCUCUGACUGAUCUUUUAAAAGUAUUUUUCUGACAUGAUGAAUGAAUGACAUAUUUUGUUUAUUAGGUGAAAAGCAUUGAUAUCAAAAUAGAAAUAA